UCUUAAUUAGUAUACUCUAAUCUUCUCUCUAUCAUUAAUUACCUGAAAACUUCUUCUUUAUCAAUAAUGGCUGUUUAUUAUCCUCCCUCAGCAUUUUCCAUUUUCUCUCUUCUUCUUAUCUUCUUUAGCUUGUGCUUCAACGGUAGUUUUGGUGAUAAUGGAGGGUGGCAAAAUGCUCAUGCCACUCUCUAUGGAGGGGGUGAUGCAUCUGGCACAAUGGGGGGUGCUUGUGGCUAUGGUAAUUUGUACAGCCAAGGUUAUGGAACCAACACUGCUGCAUUAAGCACCGCCCUAUUCAACAAUGGUUUAACAUGUGGUGCUUGCUACCAGCUCAAAUGCAACAAUGACGGCAAAUUGUGUCAACCAGGAACUAUUACUGUCACUGCAACGAAUUUUUGCCCUCCAAAUCCAUCACUACCUAGCAACAAUGGUGGCUGGUGCAAUCCUCCUCUGCAACACUUUGAUUUGGCACAGCCUGCUUUCUUGAAAAUUGCACAGUACAAAGCCGGCAUCGUCCCCAUCUCUUUCCGCAGAGUAUCCUGCAAGAAGAAGGGAGGAAUACGGUUUACAAUAAAUGGCCACUCCUACUACAACUUGAUUUUGGUGACCAAUGUUGGUGGUGCUGGAGAUGUUCAUUCAGUUUCAAUUAAAGGGUCCAAAAAUGGAUGGAAAUUAAUGUCAAGAAAUUGGGGCCAAAAUUGGCAAAGCAAUGCAUAUCUCAAUGGCCAAAGUCUUUCAUUUAAAGUGACAACAAGUGAUGGAAGAACAAUCACAAGCAACAAUGCUGCACCAGCUAAUUGGCAAUUUGGCCAAACUUUUGAAGGGGGUCAAUUUUAGUUUCCCACUGUCAAAGUAGCGUUUACUGGCCAUUUUUAGACUUUAUUUUUGAAAAAU